AGAAAAUAUAAUUAAAAAACCUUAAAAUAUAUAAAAAAAAAGUUAAAGCAGAGAAACAAAUUCCUUCUUCUGAUUCUUCUUCUUAAAAUAAGUUUGUGCUGUUUUCUGUUUGUUCCCCUUCAGAGAAUCAAAAACAACCCAUUUUCUUUCUCUCUUUUGGGUCUUUGGUCAAACUUAUAAUCAACAUCACCCACAACAUACACUGACUCCUCCUUCACUUUUGCUUUUUUCUCUAAACUCUGUUGUCUGCCACAAAAAAAAAAAAGGACACUUAUCUUUGAAGAUCCUUCUUGAGAAGGAGGAAGAGGAAGAAUUAUCUAUCUAUCAAAUAUCAAAACACCAGGACUGGGUUUUCAUCAGUUUUAAGGAUUAGUUGAAAUGGCUGGUGGGACAGAUGAUCAUGGUGCAGUAUUAGGGGAUUGGGCAAUUUCAAAUCCUAGUCCAAGGACAUUUUUCUCAUCAAUCAUGAGUGGUGAUGAUUUUAGUUCAAAAUCAUUUUUAGAUGUUUUUGAUGAGAAACUAACUCAGGGGACUUCUGCUGUAAUAAAACAUAAAAUAGGGAUGAAUUUAGAGGAGGAGGAUGGUAAAGAAAUUGGUAACUCAAGUGAUCUUUUCUCCGCGAAUAUGCUUUUUAUGCAAAAGUCAGGGCCUCUUGGUGGUGGUGGUCUGGCUGAGAGAAUGGCAGCAAGAGCUGGAUUCAAUGCUCCAAGGUUAAACACUGCAAAGAUCUCAUCUUCUGAAGCUCAAUCUCCUUACUUAACAAUUCCGCCUGGUCUUAGUCCGACUACUUUGCUUGAUUCUCCGGUUUUCCUCUCUAAUUCGCUGGCUCAGCCGUCUCCGACUACAGGGAAAUUCUCUUUUGCUUUAAAUAACAGCAACAACUUCAAGGAUAAUCCGUUUGAAGAUUUUGAUAGUUCGUCGUUUGUUUUCAAGCCUCAUGCAGAACCUAAUUCCUUAUACUUUCCUGAUGGUGGAACCGAAUUAACUCCUGCUUCAAAUCCUCAUGAGUCAUACGCAAAGAACUCUAUACCAGUUCAAUCAGUGCAGUCUCUUCCCGCUCGGAAUCUACAAGCUGACACAUUUCAGUUUGGGAGUAGGACCAAUUUGCAUCAGACUUUCAAUCAGUCGUUUGAGAAAGAAAGCAGUGGAAAUAAUAUAUACUCAGAACCUAAUGAAACCAGUUCAAUAAGUGGCAACCUCGAUAAUUCGUCGCCGCCGAACGAUCGACAAGAUGGUGGAGAAGGAGAGAGAGGCAAUGGAGAUAUAAGCACCACCAUGGUUGGUAGUGGUGCAUCAUCUGACGAUGGAUACAACUGGAGGAAGUACGGGCAUAAACAGGUGAAAGGCAGUGAGUUUCCCAGAAGCUAUUUCAAGUGCACCCACCCAAAUUGCCAGGUGAAGAAGAAAGUGGAACGAUCCCAAGAGGGUCACAUUACAGAGAUCAUUUACAAAGGAGCUCACAACCAUCCAAAACCUUCCCCUCAUAGACGAUCUGGUCUUGGAUCUUCAAAUCCACCAUCUGACGCGCAACAUGACCUCCCUGAAAACGGUGCAGCUGAUUGUGAUUCUGUGUGGGCAAGCUCGCAGAGAGGUUGUUCCCUCGCUGGGUCUGAUAUAAAGAAUGAUAACCUGGAGAUUGGAUCCUCUCCAGCUUUAUCCCCAGAGUUCUGCAACCCCUCCACCUCGAUCCAGGCUAAAGAUGGCUCUUGUUUUGAGAACGCCGAUUCGUUGAAUAUCUCUGCUGUUUCUAAUGAUGAAGAAGAAGAUGAUCGGGGUACACAUGGAAGUGCAUCUUUGGGUUACGAAGGCGAAGGAGAUGAAUCAGAAUCAAAGAGAAGGAAGAUUGAUGCUUGUGCAAUGGACAUGAGUGGGGCCACAAGAUCAAUUCGCGAACCUAGAGUUGUUGUCCAGACAACUAGUGAGGUCGACAUUCUUGAUGAUGGUUACCGCUGGCGAAAGUAUGGACAGAAAGUUGUCAAAGGAAAUCCAAAUCCAAGGAGCUAUUACAAAUGCACAAAUGCAGGUUGUACCGUGAGGAAGCAUGUGGAAAGGGCAUCACAUGAUCUCAAAUCAGUGAUCACAACAUACGAGGGAAAGCACAACCAUGAUGUACCCGCUGCCAGGAAUAGCAGCCAUGUAAAUUCUGGACUUACAAACACAGCAUCCACAGGAUCAGGGCAAACACACAUUCAUAGACCGGAACCGACGCAGAUCCAUGAGAACAUUGGAAGGUUUAAUGGACAAGCUUCACUUAACGCAUUCAACCUUCCUGGAAGACAACAAUUAGGCCCCCAAUCUGGCUACUCCUUUGGAAUAAAUCACCCACAAGGUAUGCAAAACCAUUCAAUGACAUCACUUGGACCUGGCCAGGGUAAGCUGACUUGUAUGGGCAUGCAUUCGUAUCUGGAACAGCAACGGCAGGCCAGUGGCUUAGGGUUUAUGAUGCCUAAAGGAGAACCAAAAGAGGAGCUCGUUUCUGAGCCUAGUUUGAACCACACCAAUGGGGCCUCCUUGUAUCAAGGUAUCAUGAAUAGGUUACCCAGAUAGCACAUGCGAACUUAGAAGCAGAGCAGGAAUGGCCUUAUUUUUGUACAGUAUAAUAGCAUAUUAUGUCGGAAUCACAAUCUUAUAGUAUCUUUGUACAAAGGUUCUUGGGAAUAGUAGCUGUAACUUACCAGAAGAUGGUAUCCGUCUUAUAUCAGUGUGUUUUUCUUACUCUGGAUGUAUGUUAGUAUACCUUGUUUACAGUAAACAGCAACAGUUCUUAAAACUUGUUAGCAUCAAACAUGGCGGACGGUUGUAUCUGAAAGAAACAAAUGAAAGUCAGAGAGGUGCAGUUGUAGAAAGUAUGCAUUUGGUAGACUAUGUUUCAUAUUAUUCUUA